AUGAAUGUGGACGUCUCCCCUUCACCACCCAUUCAAGGCAUUGUGGACAGCUUGGGUGGUUAUGCGACUGUUGAUGCAAGUGGUAGAUAUGGUAGUGUCUGCCGAGUUGACCUUGGGGAUCCAGUCAUGGUGUCUGAGAGGGACCAGGAGAGGUCCGCUCUGGGACCUGAUCUACUCAAGUAUGAGCGUAAAGAGCUACUGAGGGUGUCCAAACGCAUCAAGACGAAGAGUGCCAGCAGGGCCAAGCAGUUGGCGUUGCGCACGCGUGCAGCGGCAGCGGCGGCGGUGGCAGCAUCGAAACAGCAGAAGGAUGCCGGUGGCAAUUCAACAACAGCAGCAGUGGCUCAACGAAGCACGGCAAUAGGUGGUGGAGUGGCGCAGCACCCAAAGCGGUCGUCUGGAGCUAGAUUACAGCAUGCUAGGAUGCUCGAGAGAUACGGCGAUCUUACUAGGCUAUCAUUGGAGACUCAGAGUGAACUGGAGGACUCUGAUGGGAGAAUUCAGAGGUUGUUAAAGCGGCGAUCAGCUUUGUCGGAGCAGAGGGUUCAGAUCGAUAGAGAGGUGACGGCAUUGCAAAGGAAGAUGAGAGAGAUAGUAGCGGCGAGUAUGGUGGAGGCAGCGGCGAGGACCACCACCACCACCACAGUAGUAGGAGGCCACUCCCAGCAACAACAACAACAACAACAACAGCAACAAGCUACGACAGAAUCUGAGGCGAGGGCACGAUUAGGUCGCUUGGCUAAGCGGUGGCAGCCGACAGAAGAUCGUGAUAAUAAGCUGGAGGAGGAUCGGGAAGAAGCCGAGAGGAUAUUAUCACAGCGGCACCCAUCACCUAAGCAAAAGGUUCGUCCCCCAGAGAUAUCGAUCGACAUGGCGAGCGCUGAUGUCGAUGAAGAAGACGAGGAGUCUGGUGAGGCUCGGGAUAGUGAGGGAGAAGAUAUGGAGAUUAUGACUGAGGGGGAGGACUCGGAGGAGGAUGCGGUGAUGGAUGACGCGACGGAGGAGUCGGAGGAAGGCAGUGAGAACGGCCAGCAGCAGCAGCAUGGUGAUGAUGAUGUUGACGAGGGCCACGAAUGA